CCCAUCUGAGGAUACUGACCUUAAAGACGCCUAUCUCAUCGUAAGAAACAUCAUGGCUGAGCCAGACUACAUAGAAGAUGACAAUCCUGAACUAAUUAGGCCUCAGAAACUAGUCAAUCCUGUAAAAACGUCCCGCAACCAUCAGGAUCUUCACAGAGAACUUCUCAUGAAUCAAAAAAGGGGUCUUGCCCCUCAGAACAAGCCAGAAUUGCAAAAAGUGAUGGAAAAGAGAAAACGAGAUCAAGUAAUAAAGCAGAAAGAAGAAGAAGCACAAAAGAAGAAAUCUGACUUGGAAAUAGAACUAUUAAAACGGCAGCAGAAGCUGGAGCAGCUUGAACUUGAGAAACAGAAAUUGCAAGAAGAACAAGAAAAUGCCCCAGAGUUUGUGAAGGUUAAAGGCAAUCUCAGGAGAACAGGCCAAGAAGUGGCCCAAGCGCAGGAGUCGUAGGCCCUGGCGACAGAGACCGCGCGCCCAGCCCACCACGCGGGGAAGCUGCGAGCAGGCGCCUCCUCAACCAAUGCUUAAUCUCAGGGCCAAAGCCCCUGGAGAGAACCCCAGCCAGCAGAGAAUUGUUACUUUAAAAAGGAUUUGGUUUUGGUUUUCCCACAAUCUGGGUGGAUAAAUGAUCUGUGACAGUUGCAAUUCCUAUUCGCCAAACGAAGGAUGUUGACCAGCACUUAAGUUGGGAUAAGUGAACCUGUGUUCAAAGACUUUAAAAAAAAAAAAAAAAAAAAAAAACCCACAACAGCAAAAAAGAAAGAGGACACUGGAAUAAAUUCUAGAGAGUUGCACUACUUGGUUUUUCUUCCAGGCCAAGUUUAAUGGGGCACAGAGCCUUUUUUCUUCUAAAAUCUAAAAGAAAAUGUGUUUUGUUUCUUCCUUUAGUUAUCUAUUAGAUAAUUUAGAUCACAUAGGACGAUGUUUGACCUGUUAACAUCCAGCAUUCGUAAAAUCCUUUUUGAGAAUCUAG